CAGUGCCCCUUCAGUUAGUUUUCGACUGUUGGCGCGUUUGUGACGUCUUAAGACACUGCCCGUUGCGGUAUUGGCGAACCAAAGGAAGUUUGUGUAAAGAAGGCUGAAACAACAAUGCAACGUAGUGAUAAUACAUACAUAUGUAGCGUUUUUUCUUCGGCAUUUUCCCCCGAAAACAAAUAAUUUCUACUAUUUUGCGUUUUUCCUAUUAAACACUGAUCACUUUCUGUUGAUAACAAGUGAAGCGUGAAAAAGCGACAAUAGUUCCGGUGGAUUUCCCUUUCCUUCAACGACGGUUGAUGUUAAAAAGCAAAUAAACAAAGCAAAGAAAUUGUGAAGAAAUUGUGAAAAAAAUUAUGAUAAGCACCAACAACUCUUUUGGGACUUAUGUUUGCAUCGCUUAGUCGUUGUGGUUUAAUUUAGUGUACACUUAUGUAUGUCUGUAUGUGCAUGUUUCUAAUUAAAAUAUGAAAAAGCAAAAUAUAUUGCAAACUACUGUAAUUACUUCGCGAAAAAUAUUGCAUUUGCAGUUGCAAAAAUCUUUAAAUAGUAUAACUUGUGUAUGUAUGUAAAUUUUUUUAGUUUAAUUGUGCAACUUCAUGGUGAAAGUGCGUUGUCGCAACCGAAAAUAAACCGCCUAAAAUAUGUACAUGCAUGCAAUGUGCAACUAUAUAGCGCCAAAAUAAUACGAAAUAUAAAAAUUGAAAUCAAAAAUAAAAGUAAUAAAGUAGUCAGUGACCGAUUUGAAAGCCACCAACGAAAAGUGAAGCUGUGUUGCAACUAUUUGUUGCAUUGUGCUGCAAGUGAAUAGCGUUGAUCGGCGUGCCGCGUCGAUUUAUCGCUACAUAAUUUGCCGUUAAAGGAAAAACAGGAGGUUAACUUCCGACAACGGAGACAUCACGAACAGACUAGGCCAGAGCACGCGACCGAAUAGAAAGGAAGGAUAUUUAAAACUUGUUUAAGGCGGUGCUGGUGGUUGUGAAUGAAAAAAGCAGCAAUAACAAGAAGUUUAAGGAAAGACAGAAAGACAAGAUUUUAAUAUGGCGAAUCGAGUGUGGUACGGUGCGGCGUUGCUGCUUUGCGCUGCCAACAUCAUGGCAGCUGAUAUUCUGAUGGUUACAAUGGGCGGCACUAAAUCACAUAAAAUACCCUUUUGGGAGUUGGCGAAGGGAUUAAUACACAGAGGUCACAACAUAACUUUCCUCAAUGGCUUUCCAUCGGACUUUCACAUAAACGGCUUGCAUGAAAUUACACCAGCUGGCCUGGUUGAGUACAUACAGAACUAUACGAAUUGGGAUUUACUGGGGUCACGCAUGUCAGGUGAAAUGCCGUUAUCGCUGUGGGAUGCGUUCCGAUAUGCGUUUCAGUCCUGCGAUGCUAUGCUGGAGGAUGCUGAAGCCAAAGAGCUGAUGAAUCGCAACUUUGACUUGGCCAUCUUGGACGGCGCGUUUCCCGAAUGCGCACUGGGCAUGGUCUAUCAUUACAAAAUACCAUUCAUGUAUAUGAAUACUGUAGGCUUCUAUACUGGCAGUCUGGCGAAGUCGGGCAAUCCAGGCUCAUAUGCGAUAACGCCGAAUUUCUAUACGGGUUUUACAGACACAAUGAAUAUUUUGCAGCGCGCUGCAAAUACAGGCAUACAAGUCUUUCAGGAUAUUAUGCAUAGGUUCGUUAUAGCGCUCGUUUAUCGCGUGUUGCGUGAACGCAUUGGUACGCAUAUACCACACCCCUAUGACAUCUCGAAAAAUGUCAGUUUCAUAUUGCAAAAUGGCCACGCUGUAGUGUCAUAUCCACGCGCACUUAACCCAAAUGUCGCCGAAAUCGCCUGCAUACAUUGCAAACCAGCCAAAGCGCUCCCUAAAGAUCUCGAAGAAUUCAUUGCUUCCGCUGGCGAAUCUGGUUUCAUUUAUGUCUCGAUGGGCUCCUCGGUGAAGGCCGCCAAUAUGCCGGAGUCAUUGCGACGAUUGCUAGUGAAGACGUUCGCCCGCCUGCCGUAUCAUGUGCUUUGGAAGUACGAGGGCGAUGCAUCGGAAAUGCAUGAUCUUACACCGAAUGUGCGCCUCAGCCGUUGGUUGCCACAGCAGGACAUCUUGGGACAUUACAAGCUACGCGCUUUCGUUACACAUGGCGGUUUGCUGAGCAUGUUUGAGACGGUGUACCAUGGCGUGCCCGUAGUGACGAUGCCAGUGUUCUGCGAUCAUGAUGUUAACUCGGCUAAGGCGGAGGUCGAUGGUUACGCAAUCAAAUUGCAAUUGGAGACUUUGACAGUUAGUCAACUGUACAAGGCGAUAAUGAAGGUCAUACACGAUCCACAAUAUAGGAAAGCGGCGAGAUUCCGUCAAAAAUUGUUGACUGAUCAGCGUACUACGCCGUUGGAGACAUCUAUAUACUGGACUGAAUAUGUAUUGCGUCACAAAGGAGCCUACCAUUUGCAAUCGCCCGCCAGAAAUUUGAGUUGGAUCCAAUACUACCUUGUCGAUGUAGUCGCUCUCUACAUGGGCGCCAUCUAUCUACUCUACUAUCUAUUGAAACGUUUGCUUUCUCGUCCCGAAGUCAUACAUCACAGCAUACGUCAAACUCAUCACAAAGUCAAAAAACUUAACUGAUAGCUCAAAGUGAAAGAAUCUUGGUGAUAUUUAUUAAUUGAAAAGUGUCUAUGUAUGUGUACAAAGUAUGUGCGUUUGCUUCAACACACUCUCAGAUACACUUGCUCGCUCAGCAAGCUCUUGGAAGAGCUUAAAGUUUAAAUUCAGUAUGGUCUUGUACAGUGUGUGUGAAAUUAUUUCGACUUUUUCCAUUGUGUCGAAAAAGUAUUUGUAAAUUGUCUAAUUACAUAAACUUAUUAAUUUAUAUUUAAUAAUAUGUACAAAUAAAUUUUGA